AUAUUUCCUUCCAUCUCCAUUUUCACCUUUCAUUCUUUCAAUUCAAUUAAAUUGCAUAGAGAAGUAAUCCACUGGGGCGCGGCACGGCGAGGCAGUCAUCUAUUGCUAACUGCCUCCGCCGUCACCAUCACCACAAAUUUACAAUAAUAAUAUUAUGAGUAGCCAAGAAAUAUUAGAAUUACAAAAGGGAGAAAUCAGAGUAGUUCGUGAAAACGAGGAGUUGUUGGAACAUCGUCUAAAUAAAUUAUCGUAUAAGAAAAGGAAGCGUGUGUGUGUGCAAUUAUCAAUGUGUGGAACUUCGGGAGACAUGGCAUGGGAGAGAAGGCGGCGACAAACACAACGGAGAAGGAAUAGCAUUCAUGAUUGCGAUGACGAAGAUCUAAAUGAACUUAGAGGAUGUAUUGAAUUGGGAUUUGGAUUCAAUGAGGAAGAUGGACAGAAAUUGUGUAACACGUUGCCGGCUCUUGAUCUUUAUUUCGCCGUUAACCGCCAGCUGUCUUCUAGUCCGGUAUCCACACCUACAGCUCCUCGUCAUGCUACUCACCGUCGUGCUUCUUCAUCUUUUGUCUGCUCUACUAACACCAUUAAUGUUGAUUCUGAUUCUUUGCAGAUUUGUAGUCCAGGGGAUGAUCCAGCGCAUGUAAAAGCCAAAUUAAGGCACUGGGCUCAGGCUGUUGCUUGUUCAGUAAUGCAGUCUCAUUGAUGAAGGGAAUCAUACAUUACAUAUUUUUUUAUUUUUUAUUUUUUUGUUUUGUACAGAGGGAGCGAGAAAAGAAAAAACAAAAAUGCAGCUUUUCUUGAGGGUUUUGUAUAUUGGUUAGAACGUUUUGGUGUAAUCAAUGCUCUAUUUUUCUUUAUUUUUUAAUUUAUAUAUAUAUAUAAAUGUUUAAUAUAUGUG